AUGUCUGUCGCAGCCAGUGACGGUAUCCUCGUGUCUCCUGUCAUGCGCUCUUCGUCACUCUCAGUGACAAAUAACUGUGCUACCGCUGAGACAGAUGACCAGCUGGAGACGCUUAUGGACGAUUACGUCCGUGCAACGCAGUUGCAGCAGUCUCUCAAGAAGCGUAUCACUGCUCUCAUGAAGCAAAAAGAGGCAGAAGCGGAGCGCAGGGCAGAUGAGGCGCGGAUAGUUUUGCUAGAGGCCGAAGACGAGAAAGUCCGGCUGAAUAGGAAGAACCAGAUCCUCAAGGAGAAGAUGAUGCAGCUUGAGACUGGCGACAAGUGCGAGAAGGCUCCGACGACGCCGGUCCCGAUUAGCCUCGCACAAACGCCUUGUUCCCCUCAUUCUGCGAUCAUUCCAACUUGCCAAGACCAUAGCCCUAACAUUUUUUCUUUCGAUCCUCCCCCUUCCAGUCCUCCUCACAGCCCGGCAUCGGAACAACCAAGCGUAGGGAGACCCGCAACACCGUACCUCCCGCAGCCGCAAGAGGAGGUGCACAUAAUGCCAGAUAUGAGGCACUUAUAUUUACCUCCCGAUGAAUAUGUUCCCUUUGAGGAAGCACCAGACUUUAUUUCCCAGCAAAACAAUAUACCGUAUAUGAAGGAGAGCGACAAUUAUGAUGUCCCAAGCCUUAUUUAUAUGAUUACUUCAAUUGAGAGGUAUGGUAUCACCGUCAAAGUGCAAGAGGCGGAUUUAUCCACAAAGGAAAAGCAAGAAACAUGGCUUAGUUCGGCGUUGGGAAUGGGUGAAGAAUUGCCUUAG